UUAUACGACAAAGUAAUCACGAGACCAAACCAAUACUAUCACCUUCAGGCCAAGCCUUCAAUCUUAAUUUAAUCAAAUAAAUCGUAGCCUUUAUAAUUAAGAUUUAAGAUACAAACACUCCGAUUUUCCCACCAUUUUUUCCUUGUAAAUCCUGGUACAACGACAUGAAUUCGUGUCUUGAUAAAAGAUUUGUCCCCAUACACCCAUGCCUGCCAUAAUUUGAUCUUUCCUCCAAACCGUAGGGAAAAAAUAGUGAUACCCGUGAGAAUUAAAAUCCAAAGCUAGAGUUGGACGGACGGUCCAGGUCUCAGUUCACCUCGUUCAUCACGUAACGCCAAAUUUAAAGCAUUAAAUUAGUUAAUAUAGUUACGGUUGAACCAUUUCUUUGACUUUCUAUUCAUGCGAGGUACAGUUUACCUACACCAUGGACCCCACAUGCAUAUGGCAUUCAUCACCGUUUGAUUAAUCUUGUAUAUAUAAAAGGGAAGUCAGACAAUGUAGACGAAGCCAACGAUCCCAAUUUUUAUGAUAUUACAUAUUACCAAGUCCACCAUAAAAUCCUUCACAAGAUGGAGCGGUUUAACGAACACCUCCUAGAACAUGAAGGCCGUCUCGACAUUCCUGCAUAAAAUGCUUUCUUAAUCAAACUCACAUGAAUCAGAAACUCAUACCCUUCCUUUCUUUGCUUUUUUCUGUUAUCGCCACCGUAUCUUUCAUACAGUGAAAUUCGCUUUCCCUUGGCUUUUUUUUUUUUUUUCUCUCAUUAAGCCACAUCAAUAUCAUAUUAUGGGUAACUACAUUAGCACUGUCACGUGCCGUCCAUCUGAUACCGCCGGGAAAAUCAUUCUCUGGGACGGCUCUGUUCAGGAGUUUAGCUGGCCCUUGACAGCGGCAGAGCUAAUGCUGGAGCAUCCCCAACAGGUUGUUGUGGAAUUCCACGCGGCAGUUAAUGAGAAGAGGCCGAUUCCAUUGCCAGCGGACCAGAAACUCGACGUGAAAAAGGUUUAUAUACUGCUACCCGUGAAGCGAGGGAAGCCAGCCAUGUUGUCAUCGGAGGAAGCUCGUCGUGUACUAUUGAGUGCGAAUUCCGUGUUAAAAUCAAAGUCGCUUUUAUCCUCCUCGAAGUUUCUUCCUUGGUUUGCUAACAUUUGCCCUGCAAUUUAUGUCGAAGAGAUAGGACAAGAAUUCCCGUUGCAGAAGAAGGAAAACGUCUACGAGAGGCCUGAGGAGGUUCGAUGUUUAACGGAAGUUUUUCCGGAAAGUUUGGAAAGUAGGCCGGAUUAUUUGAACAAGCAAUAUUCAGGCAAGGGAUGGAAACCAACCUUGGAUCCUAUAAAGGAGAAGAAGGUUGAGAGAAAGGUACCACAUUGGUUGUAUUAAAGCUUAUAGCUAGCUAGGUUCUGUAAUUGUCAAGGUUAUGCUUUUCUUUUGUCAGUGCUGCAUGCCAUGCGAAAAUGCAUGGUAAUUCUCUGAAGAAACGAUAUGUUAAUUAGUUAGGGUAUUCGUCUUCAUUAUGCAACGAUGUUCAAAUUCUCACAGGGAAAAGCUUGAUUGGUGUGAUUAUCGACUGGUUUGAAGCUUCCCUCUCUUCGAUCAUACCUUAAGAGAAUUUUCUGAAAAGGUAGUUACCUCUUGAUUGGCCAAUAAACAAAGGGAACAAAGCCGACUGCAUUUAAAUUAUAAUUUAGUAGACUAUUUAUUUUAUACUUAGUCACAAUAUUUAAAUCGAGUUUGCUGAAACAUGUUUUUUUGGGAAUUAGUAGUUAUAAAUUUUAAUAGAGUUCCUAUGUAUAUCUUGUUUCUGAAUUGAUAUAUAUAUUAAUGUAAGUGAAUCUUUCCCUUAUAUGCAGUGUAAAUUUAAGCGAACAAACUAUCUUGUUAAUGGCUAUGGCAUCGAAAAAGCCUAGCUAAGAU